AAUCCGCGCCCAUGGCCGCCCUCUUAUCUUGGGCUUCGUUGCGACUACCUUCCCGCCAAAUUGCGCCGCCACCACCCUUUUGUUUGGCUCGUAAAACCUUCACCUCCGUCUUCUCAUCCCCAGCUGGGCGGCGAACAAGCCGUAGAAUCGUCAGAACACACGUUGGUGGUUCGGAUAGUAAUGGCGCCGAUGAAAGGAAGCAAGUGGACCUCUCCGUCCUCCGUUUCACCCUUGGAAUCCCGGGGUUCGAUGAGUCUUAUUUGCCCAGAUGGAUUGGCUUCGCUGCUGCUUUUCUCCUUUUGCUCAAUCAUUUCCUGAGCCCCAAUCUGGUCUCUCCUUCACAACUUAGGUCGGAAGCGUUGGGACUCCUCUUGGCUUCUUUCUCGGUCAGCCUCCCUUAUCUUGGGAAGUUUCUCACGGGUGCACAUGCUCUGAAUCGGUCAACCUUGCCAGAAGAGAACAGGCAAAUUUUUGCCAUGUCUGAAAACCUAUCAGAAACUCAGAAAGAAAAUUUCGCUUGGGGUUCAUACAUUCUUCUUCGGAAUACCAACUCUAUGUCUGUGCUCAUAUUUGUGCAGGACUUGCUAUGUGUGCGAGGAUAUUGGAAUGUGCCAGCUGAUUUUUCAAAAGAACGUCUGUUACAGUGGUUCAAGAUAAAAAUUGAAGAUAUUGGGCUCUUGGAGUUAAAGGACACACUUUAUUUUCCUCAGUCAAUAGAUUCCGAAGCUUGGGGUGCAUUAUUGCCCAAAGGGACUUCGUCCUUUAUGGUACAACCAAUGCUGGCUUCCUCAGAGCUCACCGAUGACAAAGUUGGCGGAAUCCAAGGUUUUAUACUGUUGUCAUCUUGUAUCGAUUAUGCUUUUGGAGAAAAAGACAGAGCAUGGAUAAGAGCGAUUUCUAAUAAAUUCAAGUACUAAAAACCUGGCUGCAUUCGCCACAUUGUUGAACCAUUA